AUGGGGCAUUGCUGCAGCAAAAGCGCCGCCGUCUCGGUGGCCAACAACAACCACGACUCCUCCACCUCCACCGCCGUCCCCGUCCCGCCGUCAAAACAGGCGCCGGUGGCCCCUAGCCCCGUCGCCGGCGAUGUGCGGAACACUCCGUCACACUCAUUCACCGCCUCUCCGUUCCCGAGCCCGCUCCCGGCCGGAGUCGCGCCGUCGCCGGCGAGGACUCCAGGGAGGAAGUUCCGGUGGCCGCUUCCGCCUCCGUCUCCGGCGAAGCCGAUCAUGGCGGCGUUUCGGCGGCUGAGGGAGGCGAGGCCGAUACCGGAGGAGAAUAAUCAGGCGGCGGCGGAGGUGGAGGAGGGAGGAGGAGAGAGAGGGCUGGAUAAGAGCUUUGGGUAUGCGAAGAACUUUGGGGCGAAAUUUGAGCUGGUGAAGGAGGUAGGGCGAGGGCAUUUUGGUCAUACGUGCUCGGCGAAGGGAAAGAAGGGAGAGCUUAAGGGUCAGUCUGUGGCUGUCAAGAUCAUUUCCAAAGCAAAGAUGACAACAGCAAUAGCUAUUGAAGAUGUCCGUAGGGAGGUGAAAAUACUGAAAGCAUUAUCUGGACAUAAGAAUCUGGUCAAGUUUUACGACGCAUUUGAGGAUGCCAAUAAUGUCUACAUAGUAAUGGAGUUGUGUGAAGGUGGAGAACUACUAGAUAAAAUUUUGUCCAGGGGUGGAAGAUACACUGAAGAUGAUGCUAAAGUUAUUGUUGUGCAAAUUUUAAGUGUUGUUGCCUAUUGUCAUCUUCAAGGUGUGGUGCAUCGUGAUCUAAAGCCAGAGAAUUUCCUUUUUGCCACUAAAGAAGAGGAUUCUCCGAUGAGGGUUAUUGAUUUUGGUCUCUCUGAUUUCAUUAGGCCUGAUCAGCGCCUCAAUGAUAUUGUUGGCAGUGCAUACUAUGUUGCACCUGAAGUGCUACAUAGAUCCUACAGUGUUGAAGCAGAUAUGUGGAGCAUAGGUGUAAUAACAUAUAUUUUGCUAUGUGGAAGUAGACCUUUCUGGGCACGUACUGAAUCAGGAAUCUUCCGCUCGGUGCUAAGAGCUGAUCCUAAUUUUGAUGAUACACCUUGGCCCACAGUGUCCCCAGAAGCCAAAGAUUUUGUCAAGAGGCUUCUGAACAAGGAUCACAGAAAAAGAAUGACUGCUGCUCAAGCUUUGACUCACCCAUGGCUACGGGAUGAAAGACGAGCUGUGCCUUUAGAUUUAUUAAUCUACAAGUUGGUUAAGUCGUAUGUUCGUGCCACACCUUUCAGGCGUGCCGCAAUAAAGGCUCUUUCCAAGGCUAUAACAGAAGAUGAGCUCUACUAUCUUAGGGCUCAGUUUGCGCUCUUGGAACCCAAACAUGGAUACGUGUCCCUUGAUAAUUUCAGAACGGCUCUCAUGAAAAAUGCAACUGAUGCCAUGAAGGAGUCAAGGGUUCAUGACAUCAUAAAUGUGAUGGAGCCACUUUCGCACAAGAAAUUGGACUUUGAAGAGUUCUGCGUUGCUGCAGUAAGUACAUAUCAGCUAGAAGCUCUUGAAGGGUGGGAGAAGAUUGCAAGUACGGCAUUUGAGUGUUUUGAAAGGGAAGGAAACCGGGUCAUCUCUGUUGAGGAGUUGGCACAGGAAAUGAAUCUGGGUCCUACAUCUUACCCUUUACUCAAAGACUGGAUCAGAACUUCGGAUCGGAAACUUAGCUUCCUUGGAUACACCAAAUUUUUGCAUGGUGUGAUAAUACGUACUUCCAAUACUAGACACAGAUAAAGUAAAUCGGGGAUAUAGAAUUUUUUCACUAAAUUUUUUUUUCAGAACUUUAUCCCUUUGAGAGUAAUGUGAAAGUUGAGUGUGUCUUUAGAUGUUGAGAUUGAAGUAAUAGGGGUCUAUUUCAUUAAUUUGAGUGAUUGUAUGUAAAAGAAUUGUUCAAGACCCUUAACAUCUUUGUAAAAGAUAAUGUGUAUACUGUUGAAAUCCUUUGAGGCAAAAAAAAAAGGUUAGAUCAUAGAAUUUACC